AUGGGUGUGUCAAUUGAGAUAUACAGACUAAGAAUUGGUUCACAUAACAACUUUGUGCAAGCACGACAGUCCAUGAAUCAAAUGAAAGGUAAAUUUUGGAACCAUAUGUUAGUAAUGUUCUACUUAGAAAUAUUUUAUUUACCAUGCUUGAAAAAUCUAGUUACAACGAUUGAAAGUAAUAAUGAAGUUUGCAAGUGGUUUGCACAAAUGGUAUCUUAUCAUGUUUAUGUGCCAUUGCUAUUGAGGCUUGCAAAUGAUGUAGAGGAUCCAGGCCCAAUUAAUAUCUAUGAUAUUGUUGAUCAUAGUUUUACGGUUCGAGCAGACUUCAACCAAGGUAAUAUAUCCAUGUUUGGAAUAAAUGCUGGAAAAUAAUGUGUUGCCAUGUCAAUUUAUGCUAUUGUAUACAAUGAAAUAAAAUCUGUUAAUAUUUGGGAUACACCACUUAUGAACACGCUUCUAGUUAAUGCAAACAAUCUUUAUGCCAUAAUUAGUCAGCACAUUCAGAAAGAUUUCUUAUUGCUCACUGAUGUUCCUGAAAUAUUGUCUAUCAACAAUGAUACUUUUAAUUUGGAGUACAGUGACUCUUUUUCUGGAGCAUUAUGGAUGGACUAUAACAAUGAACAGUAUGUUACACUUGAACAUGCCUUUCAUGAAGUAUUUGAUGCUGAUAAUUACAAAGCGUGUUUACUAACUAUUGGAGCAAACACUGUUGCAGUUUUAAUGCCUUUCCCAGAUGUAUUUAAGGUUUUUGAUUCUCAUUCACGAGAUAUGCAUGGAAUGCCAGCAGCGAUGGGUUAUAGUGUUUUAGUUUCAUUGAAGGAUUUCAUAACCUUAUAAUUUUUUUUCAUAACAGUUGUAACUAUCCUGGACAAAAUAGCGAAAAUAGUCUAUUUGAAUUGAAGGGUGUUAAAUGUCAUAGAAACAUUUCAUUGUCAAACAGUUUGGAUAACAUAGCGAAUGACGACACAACAUCAAAUAACCAUGAACAACUAACAAAACAACAAGAGUCUGUUAUAGAAAGAGAAAACAGACGUGCAAAGCUAAGAGAGAAGCAAAGAGAGAAAAAACAACAAGCAAAACAAAAAGAGUCUGUUACAGAGAGAGAGAAUAGACUUGCAAAGCAAAGAGAGAAAAGAAAACACGAGUCUGUUUCAGAGAGAGAAAAUGGACUUGCAAAGCAAAGAGAGAAAAGAAAACAAGAAACUGUUUCACAUAGGGAAAAUAGACUUGCAAAGCAAUUAGCGAAAAGGAAACAGGUAGCAGAGAGAGAGAAUAGACUUGCAAAGCAAAGACAGAAAAGAAAACAGGUAAGACAACAAGAAACUGUUUCAGAGAGGGAAAAUAGGCUUCAAAACCAGCGAAAAGCAAGAAGGUUGAAAAGGCAAAACGAAACUGUCGAACAAAGAGAGCAAAAAUUAGCAAAAGUAAGAGCUAAUUAUAAGGAAAAUAAAAGUAGACGUUUUGGAAAAAACAAACAAUGUCCUCCAUCAGGUUCUCGAGGUCAUGUAUAUAAUGAUAAUGGUAUAUCACAUAAUAGUGUAUCACAAUUGAUACAUAAAUUCCAUAAACCUGUAUCAACAGGUCCUCUGUAUAUAUGUUCAUGCUGUGAUCAAUUAUGGUAUAAACACAGUGUUUGUCCUGCUGAGAGGCUUCGAUUGUGCAAUCCAAAUUCUACUAAACAUAUACAAGGCAUUAAAAGUGUGGAUAAUAUUGAAUGGCUGUGUUUGACAUGUGACAAACAUCUUAAAAAGGAUAAAGUGCCACCAUCUGCAGUUUCAAAUGGCUUGAAGUUUCCAGAAAACCUGACUUCUUUGAUUUAA